AUAGUAAAUAUCUCCACUGUUUUUCCAGACAAGCAAGGUUCAUCAAAAUCACUGAUAAGUACAAAGAGAAAUAUGAAUGCACCUGAGUGGACAAGAGAUGAGCACGCUAUUAGUGAUGCGAAAAUUUACCUUCGUCAAGGGUCAACUGUAGAUUUUUUCGAAAUGAUCGCACGGAACAUUAUACAGACUCAUCCUGAUAAUCUUCCGCUGUAUGCGCUUAGUCUUGUCAACGACAUUAUUGAUGGAAAGGAGGGUUCUUGUGAUCUCGAGCUCAAGCCUAAGAAGUUAGAGGACAAUAAAUACAUGCGUGAUAUGAAUGUAAGUGAGUUUCUGGAUGCGUGGGUCCUCGCACUAUUGUGUGAGAAGCCCACAUCGGAUGCCGAACGCCUUUCUUUUCACAAAAAAUACCUUCAGUCGCUUAUUCCAGAUAGUGCUUCUCAUUCAAGGUAGUAAAAAGGUACCAAAGAUGAGUAACUCAGAAGCGUUAUAGUAUAAUAAACUUCACUACUUUUAUAAUGAAGGCAUAAUCAUUGUUUGUAUAGCUGAUUUACAUUCGCAAGUCCGACUUUUUGGAUAACAUUUUUUAUAUUACUCAAAUCAUCAACUGAUGCCCAAGAACUUAUAACCAGCAUAUUUGUUAAUUGUGCACAGAUUUUGCUCACAGCUAGAUAUAUGAGUAAAUUCAGAUGCUAUACCAAUAUGUAUAUUUCAUUUGUUGUAUAUAUAUCUAAUUCAUUACAUGCGGUUUCCCUUUUGUAAUAUAAUUACUGUAUUUUAUACAACCUGAUUAAGCUAAUUUAGAUACUUGUGUACUCAU